GCCGGCGGCAGCUCACCAGAGACCGCACACGGACCCAUGAAUCCUCCAUCGCUGCUGGAAGAGGAGGAUGACCCUCCAGCCCACCAGCCGGCAGAGCUGCGGCAAAGCAGGAGAGAGGGUGAUUUUAACAGAGCGCGGAGGAAGAGGGUUGUUUCACUCCCCUGGCAGAGCAGCAGCAUGAAGCAGGCGAACCUCCCCGAGGAGAACGGCUUCAGCGAGGCGAUGGCCACCGGCCGGCACGAUCUCGCACCCGGCAGCUGUGGGAAGAAACGCCGCUGGCUUCAGCGCCUGGUCCCGGGCAACUUUUGGGAGGAUGCAAAGAAGCUGCUGGUGCUGGCGGGGCCGCUGAUCCUGAUCCAGCUGCUGAUCUUCCUGAUACAUCUCGUCAGCUCCAUAUUCUGCGGCCACCUGGGCAAGGUCGAGCUGGCCUCUGUCACGCUGGCCAUCGCUGUUAUAAAUGUUACUGCCAUCUCUGUAGGUUAUGGUUUGUCUUCAGCAUGUGACACCUUGAUAUCGCAGACCUAUGGCAGCAAGAACCUGCUGCGCGUGGGGGUGAUCCUGCAGCGUGCCACCCUCAUCCUCCUGCUCUGCUGCUUUCCCUGCUGUGCCAUCCUCAUCAACAUCGAGCAGUUCCUGCUCCUUAUCCGCCAGGACCCCGAGGUCUCCAGGUUAACCCAGCGCUACGUGAUGGCGUUUGUCCCUGCUCUCCCGGCGGUUUUUCUGUAUAACCUGGAGACAAGAUACCUGCAGAACCAGAUGAUCAUGUGGCCGCUGGUGCUGAGUGGGAUCAUUGGCAACGUCGUCAACGUGAUCACAAACUGCAUCUUCCUCUACGUGCUCCACUGGGGCAUCACGGGCUCUGCCUGGGCCAACACCAUUGCUCAGUAUUCACAAACCGUUUUCUUGUUCCUGUAUAUUAUAGGCAAGAAACUCCACGUGAAGACCUGGGGAGGCUGGUCCAGCGAGUGCCUGCUGGAGUGGGACAGCUUCACCUCCCUGGCUGUCCCCAGCAUGCUCAUGACGUGCAUCGAGUGGUGGACCUACGAAAUCGGGAGCUUCUUGAUAGGCCUGCUGAGCGUCAUAGAGCUCUCUGCCCAGUCCAUCAUCUACGAGGUGUCCGUUGUCGCUUUCAUGACCCCCUGGGGGCUCGGCAGGGCCGCCAGCGUGCAGGUGGGGAACGCGCUGGGCGCUGGCGACGUCGAGACGGCCAAGAGAUCCUCCUCCACCAGCCUGCUCUGCACAGGGGUUUUUUGCAUAGCUGUGGGGGUCAUUUUAGCUGCCACAAAGGACAUGCUGGGAUACAUCUUCACCAGCGACAAGGAGAUCGUUGACUUGGUGGCCUGGGUCAUACCUGUCUACAUUGUCUUCCACUUGUUUGAAGCCAUGUGUGGCACCUGCAGCGGGGUGCUCAGAGGCAUAGGCAAGCAGAAAUUCGGUGCCAUCCUCAACGCCGUGAGCUACUAUGGUGUGGGUCUGCCCCUGGGAGCCGUGCUGCUCUUCGUGGCCAGGAUCGGCGUCAUAGGCCUCUGGCUCAGCAUGCUCGUCUCCGUCUUCAUCCUCUGCACCUGCUUCAUCGCCUACAUCUCCCGUAUGGACUGGAGGAAGGCGGCCGAGGAGGCUCAGCACCGCGCAGGAGUGACCCAGCCUCUGCCGGAAGAGCUGAACCCGGGCCCCGAACCCUCCUGCAAGGCGCUUCACUCUGGUGUGGGGCCAGCCCCACCGCCCCACGAUUACCCCCCCGCCAUGGCAGUGCGGGGGUGCGUAGCGGGAGUGGAUGCGCAGAACGGCGUCAUGCUCACAGGCAUCACCAGGAUAGAGGGACCGACGUACCAGCUGGAGCCCCAGGAAGCCACGCCUGCCACGUCCCCUCCGGCCACCGCCGUGGCCACCAAGGAGCUGAUCAUCCGGCGCGCGCUGGCAGUGGCUGCAGCCGUCGCAGUACUUGCGCUCGGCAUUGUCAUAAAGCUGACGACCAGCAAACACUGACUAACACCAGGGACUCUGGGGACUUUGCUUUGGGGGUGAAAGCCCCUCUUGACGGAUGGACGUACAAAGCACAGACUGGCCAGCGAAAGAAUCCAGCACAUGCCUGUCCCAUGGGAGCCAAAGGGCCCCCAUCAGCAUUUGGCAGCAUCUGCUCAGACAUCGCUCGGGAAUGGGCCCCGCAGCUGCUCCAACACCCAAAAUGCUGCUCUGGGCUGCCCGACGCAGAACCGAACGUGCGGGUAACCCCCCCCCAGCCCGUGCUGCCGGCUAUCACCCGCCAACCGGAGCCGAGCACAGCCCGG